CAUGCUCGGAGCUCGACCGCUUCAGCCUGUGCAGUUUCCGGGGAAGAGAGCCGGGUCGCGCGGCCAUUGUUGGCGCCACCUGCAGCCUUGGAGGGCGAGCGUCAUGGCGGCGCCCGGCCCUCUCCCCAGAACCCCUGACCUGCCCACCCUGCACGCCAAGUUACAGGCCUUGCUGCGCUUCCUCAGGGGCGCCCUGCCCAUUUCCAGCGCGCAUACGGUGAACUUCUACACCGAGUCGGUGUGGCGGGAGCUGGUCGACCUGCCUCCCGCGAGCGUGCUGGCGGCGCUGAGGAAGGUGGCGGCGAUGGAGGAGGAGGAGGCCGAGCCCGGUGAGGCGCUUCCCCUGAGAGAAGCAGAGGCGACAUCAGGUUUUAUUGAUCUCCCCAAAAUAUUUUGUGAAACUUCUCAGAAGCUGUUGAACGUGGAAGACUUUGCUCUAGCUGCAAAACACUAUUCUGUGCAAAACUUGGAACUGUGCACUCCUUUUGAGCAGUUGCUUACAGCCCUCCGAGGAGACACAGAACAGAGAACUGGUGAAAAUGUGAAGGCAACUGAGUUUAUGAAUACAAAAAAAUCUCAUGAGGUUCAGGCAAUGUCAGAGUUAAUUUGCAGUAUUGCUGAUUACUGUGGCUUAAAGCAGAUAAUUGAUGUGGGUUCUGGAAAAGGCUACCUGAGCUCCUUUUUGUCCUUAAAGUAUGGCUUAAAUGUUUAUGGCAUCGAUUCCUCAAAUACUAAUACUCAUGGAGCUAAGGAGCGAAACAGGAAGCUGAAGAAACAUUGGAACCUGUACCAGCCUCAGUCAAGACUAGAUGUCAAUGGACUGACAUUAAAAAUGCCAAAAGAAAUGACAGUGCGGAAGGAAGGAAAGUGUAGGGAAGACUUGGAGAGUGUGCCGAAGAACAGUCUUGUGAAGCAACAGAUGUCUGCUGAGGUCUUGCCAGAUUUUUCAGAGGCUGCAGUUUCAGUCAUCAGAAAACAGCAAGCAAAUCUACAUGUUGAGCCACCUGAAGAAGAAAAUUUGUGUUUUGAAAAUGGUUUUUCUCUCAUAGAGUUUUUGCCUAUUGAUGCCAUUGAACCUACUUCAUCACAGGUGUAUAACACAGAAAUGUCUGAAGUGAGGAGAGAGAGAAGAAAUGUGACAUCCAAACCAAGUGACUCAAGUAUAUAUUCGCCACUAACGUCUUUUAUCACUGCUGAUUCAGAAUUGCACGACAUUAUUAAAGAUCUGGAGGACUGUUUAAUGGUGGGUCUUCACACUUGUGGUGAUCUUGCACCAAAUACUCUGCGGAUAUUUGCAUCCAAGUCUGAGGUCAAGGGGGUUUGCAGUGUGGGUUGUUGCUACCAUCUCUUAUCUGAGGAAUUUGAAAACCAGCAUAAAGAAUAUGCUCAAGAAAACUGGGGAUUUCCAAUGUGCCGCUAUCUGAAAGAGGAGCGAUGGUGCUGUGGCCGUAAUGCAAGAAUGUCGGCAUGUUUGGCAUUGGAACGGGUCGCAGUUGGCCAAGGGCUGCCUACCGAAUCACUGUUCUAUCGUGCCGUUCUUCAGAGCAUUAUUAAAGAUUAUUAUGGCAUCAGCAAAUGCGAUCGGCACGUUGGUAAAAUUUAUUCCAAAUGCUCUUCCUUUCUGGAUUAUGUCAGAAUGUCUCUUAAGAAGCUUGGAUUAGAUGAGUCCAAGGUUUCUGAAGAAGUCAUAAUGGACUACUAUGACAAAUAUAAGCCUAGAAUGAUUGAGCUGGAGGCAUUUAAUAUGUUGAAAGUUGUUCUGGCUCCUUGUGUAGAAACCCUGAUUCUUCUUGACCGACUUUGUUACCUGAAGGAACAGGAUGAUAUAGGAUGGUCUGCCCUUGUGAAGUUGUUUGACCCUGUGCAGUCUCCCAGAUGCUACGCUGUCAUUGCUCUGAAGAAGCAGUGUGGUCGUAGCUGACACAUGUUGUGAAUCAAUCUGUUAGUGACUCACUUCAAAGACUACUUAUCAUAUUAUGUAAACAUUUUUAAACAAUUUCUAUAUUUUAAAUAAUAAAAUAAUAGCUUA